AUGGAAACUAACUCAGUUUCCAAGGUAGUGAUGAGUUUGUUGUUGUGUAUUUUCUUGAUAACGAGAGCUCAAGUGAUUCAUUGCAGUGUUACCUAUGAUAAGAAAGCUAUCAUCAUCAACGGACAAAGAAGAAUCCUUCUCUCUGGUUCUAUACAUUAUCCCAGAAGCACCCCUGAUAUGUGGGAGGAUCUUAUACAAAAGGCUAAAAAUGGAGGGCUGGAUGUUAUUGAUACCUAUGUAUUUUGGAAUAUUCAUGAGCCUUCCCCAGGCAAUUACAAUUUUGAAGGAAGAUAUGAUCUCGUACGGUUUGUAAAGACCGUGCAAAAAGUUGGUCUUCAUGUUCAUCUUCGCAUUGGACCUUAUGUUUGUGCAGAAUGGAAUUUUGGAGGUUUUCCAGUAUGGUUAAAAUAUGUUCCUGGUAUCAGUUUCAGAACAGACAAUGAGCCUUUCAAGGCGGCUAUGCAAAUAUUCACCCAAAAAAUUGUUGACAUGAUGAAAAGUGAAAACCUGUUUGAAUCCCAGGGAGGUCCCAUUAUUUUAUCUCAGAUUGAGAAUGAGUAUGGGGCACAAAGAAGGGCACUUGGAGCCGCUGGCGACGCAUACAUGAAUUGGGCUGCAAAAAUGGCUGUUGGAUUAAAUACCGGAGUUCCGUGGAUCAUGUGCAAAGACGAUAAUGCCCCUGAUCCUGUGAUAAAUGCAUGCAAUGGAUUUUACUGUGAUACCUUUUCUCCCAACAAGCCUUACAAGCCCACCAUGUGGACCGAAGCUUGGAGUGGCUGGUUCAACGAGUUUGGAGGCACGAUUCAUCAGCGACCAGUUCAGGAUCUAGCAUUCGCCGUUGCUCGUUUUAUACAAAAGGGAGGCUCAUAUAUUAAUUAUUACAUGUAUCAUGGAGGAACAAAUUUCGGGCGCACAGCUGGAGGUCCUUUUGUUACAACCAGCUAUGAUUAUGAUGCUCCAAUAGACGAAUAUGGUCUGAUAAGAGAACCGAAGUACGGUCACUUGAAGGAGCUCCAUAAGGCUAUUAAACUUUGCGAACGAGCUUUAGUUUCUUCAGAUCCUACCAUUACUUCAUUAGGAAACUCUCAGAUGGCUUAUGUAUUCUCCGGAGGUGAAGGAAUUUGUGCAGCUUUUCUUUCGAACUUUAAUAGGAAUUAUACUGCAAGAGUGAUUUUCAACAACAUGCACUACAAUUUGCCUCCUUGGUCCAUUAGCAUACUUCCCGACUGUAGAAAUGUAGUCUUUAACACAGCAAUAGCUGGAACACAAACUUCAAAAUUUCAAAUGUUACCCACGAAUUCUCAGCUGCACUCAUGGGAAACUUACGGAGAGGACAUAUCUUCUUUAGAAGAGAGUUCAACACUAACAGCUAAUGGACUUCUAGAGCAGAUAAGCAUAACAAGGGACAGCAGUGAUUAUUUAUGGUACAUGACAAGCAUUUAUAUUGGUUCAACGGAAUCAUUUACACUAAAAGGACAAAAGCCGACUCUAACUGUCAACUCAAGAGGCCAUGCAAUACAUGUAUUUGUCAAUGGCCAGCUUUCAGGAUCUGCUUAUGGAACCAGAGAGAAUACAAGAUUGACUUUCACUGGCCCUUUGAACCUGCAUCCUGGAACAAACAAAAUUGCUCUACUCAGCAUAGCUGUUGGACUACCGAACAUUGGGAUGCAUUUUGAGAACUGGGAUGUUGGAGUACUUGGAUCAGUUCUGCUGGAAGGGCUAGACCAGGGGAAAAGGGACUUAUCUCGAGAAAAAUGGUCCUAUAAGGUUGGUUUGAAAGGAGAGGCAAUGGAUUUGGUGUCUCCAGACGGACUCUCCUCUGUCAAGUGGGUACAAGGAUCAUUAGUCACCCAAAGCCAGCAGCCUCUGCGAUGGUACAAGGCAUAUUUUGAUGCACCUGAGGGAGAAGAACCUUUGGCUUUGGACAUGAGAACUAUGGGUAAGGGACAAGUAUGGAUCAAUGGUCAAAGCAUUGGAAGGUACUGGUUGGCUUAUGCAAAUGGUAAUUGUGGCAAUUGUGACUAUAAGGGUACAUUCCGAGAGUCAAAAUGCCAACUAGGCUGUGGUGAACCAACUCAAAGAUGGUACCAUGUUCCGAGAUCUUGGUUGAAGCCGACAGGAAACUUGUUCGUACUUUUCGAAGAACUGGGUGGAGAUGUGUCGAAGAUAUCUCUAGUUAAAAGAACAGUAGCAAAUAUAUGUGCUCACACAUUUGAACACCACCCUGCAGUUGCAAAUUACCAUACUGAAAACAACGGUGAAACAAAAAUGCUUCGUCAGGUGAAGGUUCACUUACGGUGUGAACCUGGCCAGUCUAUAUCGAUCAUUAAGUUUGCCAGUUACGGGACUCCUUCAGGAACUUGUGGAAGUUUUCAGCAGGGAACUUGUCAUGCACAGAACUCACGUGCCAUCGUAGAGAAGAUGUGCAUUGGAAAGGAGAGUUGCAGGGUUACAGUUUCGAACAGCUACUUUGGUACUGAUCCAUGCCCCAACGUAUUGAAGACGUUAUCAGUUGAAGCUGUCUGUUCUAAGGCAAAAGCGAUCGAGGUGAAACCGUGA